AUGGCUUCAAAACCAAAAUUUGAAUAUAAUAUACAAGACAUGCAAAAGGCUGUGCAUGCAGUGCAAAACAAAGAACUUAUUGUGUACAAGGCAAGUUUACUAUACAAUGUUCCCAGGUCCAGCCUAAAAAAUAGUCUUGAUGGGAAAACAACUAUUGAAAAUAGGAAACUUGGACCACCUCCUGCUUUAGGGGACCAUGAAAUUUUACUAGUUAAUUGGAUUGAGACUAUGAGUAAAAGAGGUUUUCCCAUUGUUAGUAGACAUUUAUUGGUGUCUGUUGGAAAGAUAGCCAAAAAAAUGGGUAUUGACCAUUUGCUUAAUAUUUUAAAUCCAUCCAAAAAAUGA